AUGGCGAUCGUACUUCACUUCAUCCUACUUGUGACAGCGAUAGCCACAGCCGUGGAUGGUACCAUCAGAGAGGCUAAGACCACGAUGUUGAGGGUGGACGGUAACCUCGUGGAGAUACCACUCUCGCCCGGAGGGCCCUACAACACCAGUGGUGGUCCGAUCAUUGAUGAUCCCCGCGUUAUCAAUGUACACUUGGUUCCCCACACCCAUAACGACCCUGGAUGGUUGAAAACUGUGGACCAGUACUUCACUGGCACCUCAAACUCCAUCCAGAACGCUAACGUCGGGCUCAUACUAGAUUCGGUUAUCGCCGAACUACAACUGGACGAGAACAGAAAAUUCAUCUACGUCGAGAUAGCGUUCUUCACCCGAUGGUGGAGACGACAGUCCCGAGUCACUAAGAGAAUCGUGAGGCAGUUGGUGGCUGAAGGUCGACUCGAGUUCAUCAAUGCUGGUUGGGUGAUGAACGAUGAGGCUGGAACUCUGUACACUGAUAUCAUCGACCAACACACUGCAGGCGCAUUGAAAAUCGCUACGGAGUUCUCCACGGACGCCUCCCCUCGAGUGGGAUGGCAAAUAGAUCCCUUUGGUCACUCCAGUUUCCAGAAUAAAGCCUUUAGGGAGAUGUGCUUCGAUGGUUGGCUUGUUGGCCGAGCUGAUGCUUAA